UCGAAGGAUGACUUUGACCGUGUCGACGGACCUCUCAGUGAACUCUAGCCCAACUCAGGUAGAGGAAAAACUACAAGACAAACAAAAAGCUCUGCGGGACAGCAUCGAGAAGGGGGAGCCCAAAAUAUUCGGGGUCGCUCAGAUAGUAAUAGGAUUGCUGAUCAUCUCCUAUUCUAUUCCUCUGCUCUCCUCUGAGAGGACAAUAAUACUUAACUUUGGUGUGCCAUGGUGGAGUGGCCUAAUGUUUGUCAUUUCAGGCACAGCUGCAAUAGCAUUGGAAAAAUAUGCCAACAUGAAAGCAGUCUCUGUUUGUUUGGCAGUCUCUGCUGUGACCAUUAUCAUCUCAGUUAUUGCACUUAUCCUAUACUAUACUGACAUUGCUUUCAAUCCGGUAACCAAAUGCUAUGAGGGACCACACCUGAUGUGUGACCACCAGUAUUAUGCCACUUAUUUCAGCAUGGGAUUGAAGAUAACCAUCUCCAUGGUCAGUGUGGUCCAGACAGCAAUGUCCUCUGCUUUUACACUUAUACUGUAUAAUCAGAGGAGGAACUUUACAGGCUAUGCGACCGUGACUGAAUAACAUCCUGCUUAAUCCCAUGACAUUUCUGGAUUUAAAUCAGAGGUCCUUAAACUAUCCACUUCAUAUAGCCUACAUGUGGUUUUUCUUGUACCAGUGCAUUUAGCCAAAGUGUUGAAAAGUUUAAUGUGAAUUGUAUACUUUUAUAUAAAUAAUCAAAAUAAACAUAUAAAGAUUGUUUUUUAACUAUUAUUAAAAUUACAUUUAAAGAUG